GCCCGCGCCCAUCCGGCGAUUGCCGCCUUCGCAGUAUCCAAGGCAACGGGCCCAACAGCAGCGCGCCGGCCGGGAUGAAGAGGAGGAAGAGGAGCGGGGAACGGUGGAGAUGAGGGAGUGAGCGAGCCCCUCCGCGCCUGGCUGUGCCGGGGCACCCUCAAGAGGGUCUGGCGAGUGCGGGCCGCCUGAGCGGGUGGGUAGGGAGGGAGAAGCAAGCAAGCUGCCUGCCUGCCUGCCUGCCUGCCUGCCUGCCUGGCGAGAGAGAAGUGGUGAGGAGGCUCUUGGGAACGCAGAAAAGGGAGACCGACAUUGAGGCGGAUCCGCUGAGGUGGGCGAAGAAAUCAGCCCCGCGCUUGCUCGGUGGGCCAACGCCCUGAGCCCGCCAACCUGAUGCCUCCCAGAGGCUCCUGUCAUCAUCCCUGACCAUUGGCCGGGCUGGCUGUGAGUUGGAGUCCAGUAACUUUUGGAGGGCACCAGGUUGGGGAAGUCUGGUCUGGCUCGCCCAGGAGGCCACUGCGUAGGCCUCUAUGCCAGAACCCUGGGCAGAAGCACCUAGGCCAAUACAGGCUUAAUCUAAGGACAUGGUGACUGACUUUGAUGAGAAACAUGAUGAACAUAUAGUAUUUCUUCAGCAGAGAAACAGGAUAUUGAAACAACUCAGAAGAAAAGACCCUAUGCAAAUCAAGCUGGAGCAACUGGAGCAAGGCUUUACUCUGUAUGUGAAUGGAGCUAACUCAGAACCAAGUAACCAUCGCAAGAAAGUCAUUCCUCAAACCUAUUUCACAAGUGGCACACGAACUGCAAGGGGAAACUAUGCCACUUCAAGAGCCCUGUUAAAAGAAGGCGAUGUGCAAGGGAGGAGCACGCAAAGUGCACCAAGUAAAAUCCAGCGCCGUGGGUGGCUCCAGAAAGCAGUGCAGAUCAAAACAGAAAGUGGAUCUAGACUCUACGUUGCUCCUCCUUCAGAGUACUCUGAGGAUUUUGAACCUUAUGAAAGUCUAAACUUGGAAUCAAGUGACUAUGAACAGAAUGACAAUUGCCAGAGUCUCAGAUCUCCUGAAAGCACAAUCGCCAGUGACUUUAUUCUCUCUGUUCCAAAGGCAGAACCAUGUCUGAGCAAUUAUGCUGAAAAGGAAAGAUUAGUUCUCAACACUGAUGACAUGAAGGAGCUCCGGCGGAACUUGGAGUUCAGCAUGAGUCAGAAGAGGAUGGAGAAAGAUUACUCGGAAGGGGAGGACUCUGACUCUGUAGAAGAGGAUGUGCCUGCUGAGUCCUCUGAGACAGAGGAGCCAGUUGAGUCUUCCAGAAGAGACACGGAGCUGUUCAGGGAUACAGACGACUCUCCAGCAGCAAGAAGGUGCUGCAGCCUAGCCACUGGCUCUCUAGUGGAGCUGGAAUUCAAGCCAAACUGCCAAAGCAUAAAGAAAGAGCGGAGUCUCUCUGCAAAAAGGAAAGGCAGUGCUGAAACCUACAUCCCCACCAGGCCUGUUAGCCAAGUGGCUCGGCCUCUCUCAGCUGGGUGCCUACACCAGGAGGAACAGGAGUGGGCCCCUUGCAGGCCAAUAAGCCGAUCCGAAAGGCCACUCUCAGCAACUCGGAAGAAUGUGUGUGAGAAGAAGGACCCUGCAUGCUCUGCUUCUGUUGUCCUGAAAGCUGUGCAAGCAGAAAAUGAGACCCUUCAGAAGGAACUUCUCUGCAGGCAGCUGCAGGUUUCAGCUGCUUCCCUGAGGGCUGAGCUGGAGCAAGCAACCUCUACUGAGCUGCUGUUGCCUUCGCCGUCUGCUUCUGCAACAAGUGAGCCUCUCCAAAAGCAGCAGGAGAGAACUAUUGUCUCCACCGCCAUGGAAAGGAUUGGGCUUCUAGAAAACAGGCAACAGAAGAAGCUUUUGAAAGUGCUGCAAGAGAUUGAAAGCUGGUCUUCCUACGACGGCCCUGCAGUUCCAGGCUCUGAACGGCCAGAGCCUCACGUGCUGGGCCAGCAGGAAUUGGAGAGGGAGGUCCGGGAUGCCAUUUACAUCACUGUGGAGAUUCUCUCCAACUGGGGGCACGCAACAAGGGUGGGCCUGACAGAAGUGGAGUUCUUUGAUUUGCACCAUGACAAAGUGUUUGUGUCUCCUCAUGACGUGGACAUCAGGCAUGCCGACACGCCAGGAGAACUGGGCUGCUUGGUCAACAGGAACGUGGAUGUCAGCAAAGACCGGAUUCCCUGGACGUGCCUCUUUCAGCCUCCAGUGCAGCUGUACUUUGUGGUCCGAAAUCCCAGCUUGUCCAGUGACUUUGGUCUAUCCAGGAUCAGGAUUUGGAAUUACAGCACACCUGCUCCUAGUGAUCUUGACAUAGGAGCAAGAAAUAUCAUUGUCUACGUUGAUGGAAACCUUGUCUUUGCUGGUGAGCUGCAAAAAGGCUAUGGAAAUAGUGAUGCUGAUGGCAACAGCUGCACCACCAUUGACCUCCCAGAAAGUUGCUCCCUUCCUCCGAGGGGAAAGGAAGGAAGGGGCUGGGCCACCUCAGACUGGAGCCACGAGCCACGCAGGCAGUUUUCAAAUCUUAAACCUUCCUUAGAAGAAAAUUGCUCCGAAGGAAAGGGGAACUCUCUUGAUCUUGUUGCACUGAAGGAAGGUCUCCAAGCAAUGUCGGAAAAUGUCAAGAGCACCCUCUCACCAGAGACCACAGAGCUUCCUCAAUCUGAGGAUGAUCUUUCUCUGAGUGAGCAAAUGGAAAAACUUUCUGGAAGGAAACUGUCUCAGUUGCCUGGCAUACCUUCCCCCUGUAUUCUGCCCCCUUCUGAGGCAAAAGGAAAGGGCCAGGUCUGCUCUGCAAAGCUAAAUCCUCCUCUGUGGCCUGAAUCGGAGCCCCUUUUGGAUCUGCAAGCCCAGCUGCCCUCCGAGAUCACCAGGAGAGACUGUCUAGGAAUAACUGACAGGAGCCCCCAUCUCUGCCUAGUUGAUUUGGACACAUCUCACAAUGAGCCUGUGGAUGCGGAUGGAAAGCUUCCCAAAGGUGCAAGGAAAGAGUCUGCAACUGACCUGGACUUCCUGAGUCAGCUGCCCAGCAAGUGCAGUUAUGCAGCAGAGCUACUUCCUCCUGAGCACAGUCUGGGAGGCCAAGGAAAGGAGGAGUUCAGCCACGCCAUGUUUAGGGAGGAAGCCCUACCUGACAAAGGUGAGGCCUCUCUGGCCAAGGGCAGCACAAGGCCCUCCCGAGCAAAGUGGGGCGGCUCUCAAGAACAUGUUCUGCAAGAGUCUUGGAACUCUCUGCUAAAAUUCAACCACUUGCACCAUGGCCGAAUCUCCAACAUGGAUUUCCAAGGUGACAUUUUUGACGAGUUUCUCCAUCAGCAGAAAAUCAGCCGGCAAGGAGAUCAGAAGCUCAGGAUGAAGGACAGUGGGCAGAUGCUACCAAAGCAACAGGAAGGGGAGAACUGCUUGGACUUGGAGGACGGGAGCGACUUCAAAAUCCCAGUCCUGCCUUAUGGGCAGCACUUGAAAAUAGACGUCAGGUCAACCUGGGGAGACAGGCACUAUGUUGGCCUGAAUGGGCUUGAACUCUUUAGCUCCAGUGGAGAGCCCAUCCAGAUUGCCAAAAUCAGAGCCGACCCACCUGACAUCAACAUCUUGCCCUCCUAUGGCAAAGAUCCCCGAGUGGCAGCCAAUUUGCUGGAUGGGGUGAACCGGACUCAGGAUGACAUGCACCUCUGGCUGGCCCCCUUCACCCCCGGGAAGCCCCACUGCAUCUUUCUGGACUUUGCAAAGGCGUGUGAGGUCGCCAUGAUCCGCAUCUGGAAUUAUAACAAGUCUCGUAUCCAUUCCUUCCGAGGUGUGAAGGACAUCACCAUGCUGCUGGAUGAACAGUGCAUCUUCAAAGGAGAGGUUGCCAAGGCUUCUGGGACACUUGCAGGAGCUCUAGAGCAGUUUGGAGACACCAUUCUGUUCACGACUGAUGAUGAUAUCCUGGAGGCCAUCUUCUGUUAUGAUGAGUCCUACGAUGAGGAAGUGGAAAGUGUCUGUAGCCUGAGGUAUGAGGAAGAGUUGAAGAGGCCGAGAACUGCUGAUGGAGAGGGGGACGAGAGACCCUUCACACAGGCUAGUUCAAGGAUGGAAGACAAACAGGGCCCAAUGCUCAUGGCUGUGCCAGAUUCUGUCCCUGAGAUGGUGACCAAGGAACCUGGUGUCUAUACUGGGAAAUGUCCACCUGGUGCUUUUGUUGACAUCUUUUCAGCAUCAGGCCUUCUGCUGAAUUUCACCAUCUCUUGGGGAGACUCUCAUUACCUUGGACUGACAGGGCUUGAAGUGGUAGGAAAGGAGAGCCAAGCAAUCCCACUUUCUGUAGAUCAGCUCUCUGCCUCUCCUCGGGACCUGAAUGAUCUUGUGGAGUACACAGACGAUUCCAGGACCUUAGAUAAAUUAAUCAAUGGGACCAAUAUCACUAUGGAAGACGACCACAUGUGGCUCAUUCCCUUCAGUCCUGGAGAACCUCACAUCAUCACCAUCCAUUUCGCUCAAGCGGAAAACAUUGCUGGGCUUCGCAUUUGGAACUAUAAUAAAUCUCCCGAGGACACCUACCGAGGGGCAAAAGUGGUCCAUGUCUUGCUGGAUGGCUGCUGCAUCUCCCCGCCGGGGGGCUUCCUCGUUCGCAAAGGACCCGGCAACUGUCACUUUGACUUUGCUCAAGAAAUCCUGUUUGUGGACUACCUGAAGGGCCCCCCAGAUACGCCAGCCUGUGAACGUACGGAAGUGAAGAAGAUGGAACAGGCCAGCAUGGACUACGAGGCUCCGUUAAUGCCCUGUGGUUUCAUUUUCCAGUUCCAGCUUCUUACAAGUUGGGGUGAUCCAUAUUACAUUGGUUUGAAUGGACUAGAGCUGUAUAAUGAACACGGAGAGAAGAUUUUUCUUAAUGAGAACAACAUUGCGGCUUUUCCAGACAGCGUUAACAUAUUGGAAGGUGUCCGUGGAGAUGUCCGAACGCCAGACAAGCUCGUUGAUGGUGUGAAUAACACAAAUGACGGGAGGCACACGUGGCUGGCACCAAUUCUUCCUGGCCUGGUGAAUCGAGUUUAUGUUGUCUUUGACCUGCCCACUACAGUCUCCAUGAUCAAGCUGUGGAACUACGCAAAAACUCCCCAAAGAGGAGUGAAAGAAUUUGGACUUCUCGUUGACGACUUGCUUGUGUACAAUGGCAUUCUUGACAUAGUGAGCCACCUGGCCCAUGGCAUCCUCCCAACCUGUGACCCUCUUGUCCCACAUCACACCAUUCUCUUCACAAACAAUGAGAAGAUUUGCCGUCAAGAAAAGAACACUGUGAUCAGCAAUUACAUAGAAGACCAGGACGUGCGGCUGAUGAAUGAAAAUCAGAUCAUUUCCUGCUCCAAAAAGAAGCAGCUGCCUCCUGACCCAGCGCUUCGCCCCAAAACCUGCAUUCAGGACAAAGGACGGCUGCGGAGGAUGAGGCAAUGACGCCAGGAAGAUGCGUGGCUAGCAGCCCUGCUGCUCGCCUGUGGCUGCUCCCCCUGCCACAAGGGACAGGCCUCCUGCGGGGCUGGCUGGCUGGGGCCACUUCCCUUAGCUGCAGCUCUAUUAAAUCUACCCACGGAAGCCACUGCUUGCUUCUGCCUCUCUGAGCGAGGCUUCAGCAGGGCAGCUGCUCAGCAAGAGGCCUUGUGAGGGCCUAGGCUGGCUCAAAGCCAGAGGAGCUGGCACAGAGUGGGGUGGGGGGGUAGAACAGCCAGCAAGAACAGGGUGGGAGGAGAGGAGGAGGAGGGAGCAGCAGUCCCCCACCCACAAAUCCUCUCUGUCCAUUUACAGGAGCUGCCGAGUUAAGUGUGCCAUGUGUCACGUACGAGCAUGUAAAACAAGUGACAUUGUGCCUCUUGCCCCCUCCCAAGCUCUUGCUGAAGGGGGGGGCUGGGGCUGCACAGGGCCCGGAGCGAGUGUGCACAAAUCCACCAGGAGAGGUAAAUGUAGCGUAGCUGCUAUGCAGUCACCCCAUUUGUAACCCAGGGCUGGUGAGAAGCAGCUGCCACCCCUACCAUGGGCCACCUUGGCCCCUUCUUUUAUCGCAGCAGAAGUGCCAGUGCAUGAUGGACCAGCACCACCUCUGCUCUUGGUGUUGCAUGGAGGGCAGAAGCUACAUUGGGGGGGGGAAUGUCCCUUCAGCAAAGGUGAAUAGCUGCACAAUUAAGACUGUCCGCUGGUGUACUGUGCAUGUUGACUCUAAAAUAUCACGUUGUCACAACUUACUGCUUUUGGGACCAUGCAUUCCUUUUCCCCCACACACACACUCCUCUUUUUCUGAUGCUGUGUUUUGUUAUUACAUGGCUGCCUUAUGAACCUUCUGUUUGGUUGAUUCGGUUGGGGAUGGUUUUCGAGCAGGAGUUGGCAGUCUGGAAGCAGGGCCUGGCUGGAGGCACUGAUGCAGUGAUGAGGCACCGAUGGGACUUUUCACCUUCUUGAAGCUCCUCCUGUGCUGUGAAAUCAGGCUAUGGAAGCCGUGAAGGGGGGGAGAGAGGAAGGAAGCAGCACAGCACCUCAACCCCUUCAUCAGGAAAGGAAUGACUUCUGUGCCUGCCCACAGAUGGCAGCAGCCUCUCCCCAGUGUUGCUCUGGCAACUUUUUGCAGCCUGUCCUUAAAGCAAGCCUACCCCACUUUCAUCCCUCCUUGGCCCAGCCCUUUUGCACACACACAGACACCCCCCAAGGCCAUCAGGCACCUUGCAGUGCAAACAGUAAGCACAGAGCCCUGGCAAAAUCUCCUGUCUCCAGCAGGCUCUGGUGCUUUGUGACAGAGGUGAAGGCUUUCCUGCAUUUGUCUCAUUUUUUGCCUGUCUACCAAGGCCUGGAAGGGCCAGCGUUAUCGCCUGCUGCCUCUUUGGGGCACGCAGCUCCCCAUUUUCAUGGGCUCAGGAAGGCUGUGAAAGCACUGGAAAUGGAG